AUGGAUCGACGAUAUGGCGAGCAGGGCCAAAGAUACAACGGAAACAACCAAAUGCCGCCACGUCCGAUCCCGGGACUGAUGGACAAUAAUUAUUACCCGCAAAUGCCACCCGUUAUGCCGUCGUUCCAGCAACUACCAAUGCCCUUCAACCCGCAACAGGGCUAUCAACCAGUCUAUCCGGCCCCUCAUCAGACAUAUCAAGUCAACCCGCCCCGACACCCGUAUCAAGCGUCAUCAGCAGCGCCCCAAGCCCCGAGUGAUGAAGCCCCUGAAAAGGCGGAAGACUCGAAAAAGCGACGGAAACGCAAGCGUAAGGUGGAACUCGAGACGACAAGUGAUCAGCAAUCGUUGGGCACCAAUUUGUACGCUCUCAGCGAGGAAGCGCGCCUGAGACGGGAAAGGCAGAGGAAGGAGGAAAGCCCACCGCCUCCGCCUCCAUCUUCCCCACCUCCACCCCCGCCACCGGAUGAUGAGGGCGGCGCGGAAGAUGCGGGGAAUUCGAAAGAUGGCAUCGAGGAAAAGAAAGAAGCCGGGUUUUGCCGUCUGACCGAAGAAGAUUUCGCGAAUUUUGACGAGGAAUGGGGCGCCGAGCUGGAGAACACGGAAACGCACAUUGACGACGAGGCGAUGAAGGUCAGGGCCGUUAAUGAAAGGUGUUUUCUCGUCAAUGCUGAGCGUUAUGUGAAGAAUGAAGAUGGCGCAACGCUGCCUACAUAUUUGGGUCAACAAAUUGUCGAAAAAUUCGAGCGCGAGGUCAAGAAGGUCUGUGAAGCGGCUAGAAGGGAUCGCCCGGAUGUGCCGCGCCCACCAUCACCCUCGCUGCAUUUGAAGUGUAAAUGCGGACAAGGCUCCGAUUACGAUUCGUCCGACCAAUCGGAGCCUGAGGAAGACGAUGCUUCGGAGAGCUCAGCCGAAUCGAGCAUUGAAAGAGAGGUUGCACGAAAGAAGAAUCACCCGGCCGCCGUUUCCCCGGAAAUUGCUUUCAACGAAACUGGACAAGCAAAUGACGGGCCCCUCUGUCGCUGCUCGAUCAACGCCGCCAAGGCCGGGAUUCGGCACGGCUGUUUCGCGGGCGAGACGGCGAUCCCGAAAUGUAGCAGCAAUUCAAAGCUUCACCACUACCUGCUAAGUCUCUCGCCACUGCCCACAAUUCAGCUGAAAAAUCCGGGAGCCCUGGUGCACGAGGAUCGACAGUACCGGCUCGAGGGCUUUUCGAUCUACCUACACAAACCGCUGCCCGAUCCGCUACCCAAAAUGCCGGUCACCGACUUUCAAGGAGAAGCCACUUUUGAGUUUUUGAAGGAGGACGACGAUUUGAAGAUCGGAACCGUUUACGAGAUGGAUUUGAUUCGGGAUUACCUCUUCGACGAUGUCUUCGAGUUUCUCGACGAAUGGCGCUACCCUCGCGGUACUACGGCGGACAGCUCGUGCUCAAUCUACCACAUCGCCCCACGCUAUAUUAAUAGGGAUCGAGGAGACAGUCCCCGCAUCCUGCCACUCGCCCUCGUGCUGUCCAACUACAUCGCCCAGUUCAACACCCCGCUGCGGAGCCUGCUCCCCGCGCAAUUGGACGAGAAAAUUCUGGGGCGUACCAAGUAUUCGGUCCGCGAUCGAAUCGUCAUCAACCCGGCCAUGCGCCCAACCUCGCUUCGGAUAGAUCUCGUCGACGUCACCGGCGAGACGCCCGUCAACUGGAAAGUCACGCAUUUUGCUCAGAGGCCCACCGCCUACACGCUUCAUGGGCGCCCAGAGUACCAAAAAGCCGUGCGGCGGCUGGCGAGGAUUCGGAAGAUGUUUAGGAAUCGAAAAGUUGCCCCAACGACCGAAGAAAAAGAACUGGCCGCACGGCUCGAGAGUGAAAUAGCAAGAUUGGACAAUGAGAGCGCUCAACGACGAGACAAGCAAGUGCUGCUCGACAUAGAUGGGUACAGGGACACUGGGCUGCGCUGUGACAUGAUCCACUACGCCCUGCACGUCGUGCUCGCCAUGCAUCAUGUCCGGUAUCACUGGUCUCUCGCGACCCUCGAAUCCGCAAUCGGUUACCACUUCCGGGACCGCACCCUCAUCGAGCUCGCCUUCACCCAUUCGUCAUAUCGCAAGAAUUACGGCCAAAAUCCCGAUCAUGCUCGAAACGCCCAAGCCAACCUCGGAAUCCGGGUACGCGGACAAGCGCUUGAAGCCAACCGGAAGCAACCGGCCAGCGGACGGCGGAAAGGUCUCACCACGCUGCAGCAAACGAUGGCCCGCGAGGGGAGCAAGCGCAUCGAGCAGUCGGUGAUGUGCCAGAAUGAACGGCUCGAGUUUUUGGGCGACGCCGUCGUGGAGUUCAUGACGACCGUCCAUCUCUACUUCUGCUUCCCACGUCUUCAAGAGGGCGGGUUGGCGACGUAUCGCACGGCGCUCGUACAGAACCGGAAUCUGGCGCAGCUGGCAGGGCGCCUCCACCUCGACCACUGGAUGCUGUUCGCGCAUGGCGGUGAUCUGUGCCACGAGGCGGAUAUGAAGCACGCGAUGGCCAACGCCUUUGAAGCCUUCAUGGCCGCGGUGUUUUUGGACGGAGGCGUGGAGCAUUGUGAUAGAAUUUACGCAAAAGUGAUGUUCGCCCAGGAUCCGGUGAUACUCGAGCGAUGGGUCAACUAUCCGGAACAUCCGCUAAAGGUGGAACACCCAGAAACUGAUCGCCACCUCAUCCAGACGAUCCCAACGCUUCAGAAACUCGCCGAAUUCGAAGAAAAGUCGGGCUUCCAUUUCCAACACAUCCGCCUCCUCGCCAAGGCCUUUACAAGACGCAAUGUGCCGAUGAACGAUUUAACGAGAGGCCACAACCAGCGCCUCGAAUUCCUCGGCGACUCGGUGCUGCAGUUGAUCGUCUCCGACUUCCUCUACAAGCAUUUCCCCAGCCAUCAGGAGGGCCAUCUGUCGCUAUUGAGGACCUGUCUGGUCUCGAACAAUGCUUUGUCUAUCGUCUGCGAUGACCUGGGCCUCGUCGAGUUUCUGAUUGAGCCGCAGAGGCGAUCCCAGAAAAAUUCGAGCCUGAAAACGAAGGAUAAAGCGGAUAUCGUUGAGGCCCUCAUCGGUGCCGUUUACGUCGACCGAGGAUGGGACUAUUGCCGAGUGAUCUGCCGAGUUUGCUUCUUCCCAAGACUCAAGUACUUCAUCCGCAACGACAACUGGAAUGACCCAAAGUCGCGGCUCCAACAAGCCUGCCUAGCGCUACGAUGCCCCGGGGAUGCCCCGAUACCGAUCUAUAGAAAAAUUUCCGAGACGGGCCCGACGAAUACGAGACUGUACACCGUUAUUGUAUCUUUUCGCGACAAACGAUUGGCCGAAGGGGUGGGCAGCACCGUGCAGCUAGCGGAAAUGGACGCCGCUGAAAAGGCGUUAGAGACCCACGCCGAGCAGUUCCGCCUCGCCUCCGAGCAGCACGCGAAAAGCGGCAGACGCCGUGGAGGGGCCGGCAGACGAGAAGCCGCCCCGCCCGCCAAUAAGCGGCCCACGCCUACCGCGCCCAGAGUGAAUCUACUCGAUCUCCAGCUUGCCCCGCCGACCGAGAUGCUCAACGCGUUGUACCAGCAGCAGUAUCAGAUGCCAAUCUACGGCCACCCGCCCCCGGCUUUCCAACAAAUCCCGCCCGGCCCUGGACCUCCACCAUACCGCCCAACUACUCAC